AACAGCGCUGGAAACUUUGACGUAAACGGUAGACUAGAUCGGCUAAUUCUUCCUUUGCAUCUAACAAUCUAUCAACCUAUAACUAUCUGCAAACAAUCCCAGCUGGCCUUCAUACUUCUGGUGAUAAUCCUUCUUUUCCUUCAAAUCUUCCUGCAUAUCCUUGAUCCACAACUCCUCAGCUUGUAAAAUAUCUUCUGCAACAACAAUCAUUGAGGUAACUGCCGAUUUCUUCAAUAACUUAAUAAAAUUCAGCGUCAAUGCAGUAACUCCAAGCAGUAUUUUCCAACUACUAUAUCUUGUCCAAUCAAUAACUUUUGAUAUACGACAGUUGCUUUCUUCUGGCACGGUUAGCAGGGAUGUAACUUUCUUUGACUGCAAUCUAACUUCCUUCUGGCAUUCUUCCAACAUCUCUUCUUCUUCAAUCACGUUUUCUGUUAUAGGAUAACAUUCUGGAGGUCCUCUAAGCCAAUUAAGACCAUCCCACCACAGCAAAUUAUCCACUAUUUGCAAUGCAAAACAACCCCUGGAAUCAAGGCCUGCAGGGUUAUCAGUCCCAGAGCAAUGUCUCCACGAAUCCAUAUUUGUUAAUUUCACAAUCUCCAUUCUUCUUUUAUAUACGAACUGGUUGUACUCUUUAUCCGAUUUUUAUCCAAUAUAGUACACACUUGCUGUCAGUCUAACAAUAAACUCCAUUUAUGCAAAUUACAGGCUGCAGUGCUUCAUUAACAGCAGAUAACAAACGUGCAGAAAUUAAGGCAGCUAAUAUCUCCGAUCUUGGAAUAGACAUCUCUGGAGCAGAUAAUGGUCCAUGCCUUGCUUUUGAUGCUACCAACACUGAUCUCCAUUCAGCUUUCAAUUCUCCAAAAACAUGCAAGUAACUUGAUUUAAUUUCUUCAUUGAUCGGGACACAACAUCUCUUGACUGCAAUACUGACAUUUUCAAAACCAUUUCACGAUGAACUCUUGCUCUCCCUCUGAUAGUGGUUCAUCCCAGUCAUACUUCCUUCUGCACAAAUCUUGAAACAGUUGUUUCACAGGUGCAAUAAUAGGCGCAAUCAGUCCCAAUGGGUCGAACAACUUGGCGGGAAAUCUCAAGAUAUUUCUCUUUGUCCACUCUAGAUCUUUCCCAAACUCAGCAAGGUUUGCCAAUUUGAAGACAAACCAAGGAUUUCAUGCUUCUUUCCGGGUUCAAUUUCGCUUAGGUCACCCAUCAAAAUUUUUGAAUAUGAUAUUUUUUCCAUCUGAUCAACUUCAGCUUCAGAGGCAUCUACAAUGUGUUCGUUAUAUGCAGCGAUUUUCCUGCAACUACUUCGUCAUUCGCUGCCCAUUUUCCGUAAAUUGAAGCUCCCAGCAGCCAAACAGCAUGAACAAUCAUCGACGCAAAACGCUCUAAUAACUCUCUCAGCCAUUUCAAUGUUCUCCUUGUAAUACUGUCUUACAAAUCUAACGUGGCAUUUAAGCAGAACGGUGAAAAAGACAUUCCAAACAAUACAUAUUCUUUAUUCUUCCACACUAUCUUCUUCGUUGGGUCAUCUUCUUCCACAUUAUCGACCCAUGAAAAUCUCAUUAAAUCUCAUUGAUCUUCUUCAACAACAAUAUUAAAAAAUGCCUUUUCGAUGUCCGCAGCAAGGCCAAUUUCGUAUCCUCGAAAUCUCAACAAAAUAUCCAUGAUAGCAGGAGCCAUAGGUGGUCCAACAUACAAACAUUCAUUCAACGAUGGUCACGACUUCUCCUCCUUUGAACAAGCAUCGAAAACAACGCGUAAUUUCGUUGUAAGUAUGUCUUUUCACCGCUUGACAGAGGCGGAUCCAGACUACAGCAACCUAUGCAGAAGCAUAAGUCAGAUUCUUACAACAACCAAAUAAAAAGGAAACUAUCAAAUGUUUAACCAAUAGUUUCUUUGGCAAAUUCUUUAGCAACGUCUUUUCUAGAUCUGCCCCCGUUGGUACCAAUAACAUGCCGAAGGCAGGGCAUGUAAUUUGUUGACUCUCUUUCGGCCUCUGCACAAAAUAGUCGAUUGGCGAUUCUAGGCAUUUAUCUGGUCCGUAUUUUCUGAAUCCAAAAACCUGUUUGUCCCUCGAGAGCCAAUCACCGCUUGUUUGACCUCUGCAAACGUCUUGUAAGCCAAUCAUAGUGUACUUCACCUCUGCAAUAUUUGGUGCGAGCAUAGGUGAGAUUUGAUUUAUCAAAUCUGAAGUUUACCUAUGCAGUUGUUUACAGUGGACCUCUGCAAUGGUUUGUUGCAACCAAUGAAAUGGAUGUCACUGCUUCACCCUGCUAAGGAACUACAAAGUGUUUGUGUUUGUUCUGUGGUCUUGUGAUAUGACCUCUUCGUUCCGAAUGUGGGUGGCCCUGGUUCGAAUCCUACCGGGGUUGGGCAACUCAGAGGCUUUUUCCUUUGAAUUGCAGGUAAAUCUAGUCCUCUCUUUGCGAGUCUUUUCCAUGGAAUUCCAUCUUGGAACCCCUUGCUCAAUAUCAGUGAUAUUGACUUUAUUCAGAAAAAUUUGGGCGUUUCCAACACAAAAGGGCGUGGCUUCUCUUUCUGACAACCUUUGUAAUCUCCCCCACAGAGGCUAUUGGGGAGGGAGAAGGGGAAUGAGAGUUGGUGAAGCCUAUCCUUUUUUCCUUCCGUAUCUUCCUCCCGAAUGGCCUCCGCGGAGGAGAGUACAACCUUUGCAUAGGUCACAGAAUUCAGGCUUGAUCCACGCCUGCUCGAUGUAGUAAAUAAGGCACAUUUCCAGGAUCUGAUUCAUCAGAUAAAUCAACACUUUUGAUGAUGCCAUCCCGCUCUUCAUCUCUAAUGAUUCUGUCGUACGCCUUAAAUGUUUCUGGGUCUUUAUGAAGACGUUUUAACGAGGAUUUCAAACGAUCAAAAAAUCUAAUACAGAAAUAUUUCCAUUUAACUGUGAAUUGAAAAAGGCCAAUUAGUAACGUGAGCACAUGACUCUCGCUUGCCAAUCAGUGCCGCUUGCCUAUAGAAACAUUACCAAUGGAGUCAAAAGUGUGAAGAUGAACUUCUCCCUCCUGUCUACACAAUGGUGGUUUUUUCAUUAUUAUAUUAUUGAAGUAUUGAAGUUUUUGGCACAAUCUGGGUUUUCUAUUAAAUUCUAACAGAUGGCAGAAUCACAUUCUAGAAAUACAGAACACAGUGAAUUGAAAAAUAGAACAUUUUCGUAAACCAGAAAGGAUUCUUUAUACAGCAAGGAACAAAUCAACAAAAUACAGGUUAUGAACAACAACUAAUCUUGUUUCACUGUGCCAAAGAGCAUCACGUCUGCGUCAUAAUUUUGCUUCUAACGCUGUUUGCUCUACAUGAAGAAAAACGAUUAUGAAGAUGUUAUUCCAUUGUUAAUCAAUGCAAGGAAAUCGACAGUAAAAGUGCUUUUUCAUCAACUGACUUAGUUAGCAAGGGCGACCUGAAUAGAUCGGUACAACGAAUUUUGGAUUUCAAAAACAAACACGCUCGUGCUCGUCAACAUCGAUAAAGUACAGGACAAGGUAAUAUGUUGAUAGAAGGAAUGUCUUCAUUUAACGAAAGGGUACAUACAAUACAAUGAUGAUUUUUGGCACAUCUACAUAAAGGUGGUCUUGUAGCUUUAAUUCAUAAUCUAAGCUGCAAAAUUCUUGCUACAAAAUUUACCCAAAUUCACAAAUUAAACUAAAUUCGAAAGACGUAGUACAAUACCAGAAAGUUAUAUUUCAACGUAUGUAAUCUAUGAAAACCCAAGCGAAUCUUGUCGAAAAUCGUUAAGCAUCUGACGAAUCAAUAAUACCCGCGAGACAGGUAGCAUACAAAGCCAGGAACGAUGAGAUAAUAAACAUCUAAGCAAGUAACGAUGAGAAAUUAAAUAUUUAAGCCAGGAAAGAUCAGAAAUUGAAAUUUUAAGCCAGUAACGAUCAGGAAUUGAACUUUUAAGCCAGGACGAUCAGAAAUUGAAAUUUUAAGCCAGGAACGAUCAGAAAUUGAACUUUUAAAGGCUUACUUACUUGUUAUGUGAAGUCUGAAGACGCCAGUAAAGUCGACUUGACCGUUCAUACGUCUACAAAUCAAACAAAUAAAGUGUUGAGGGAAAGUUGAAUCAAAAGGAUUCGGAAACAGGGACAACCCUUGCAACGGGUCUUCCUAAAAAUCAAAUUUUCACGCGUCAAGAAUAAACACCAGGCAACAUAUAUCGCAAAUUUUCUUUUUUUGGGGGCAAGUGGGCAAAUCUGAUUUCGUUUUAACGGAAACAAAAUGGCUGAAAUUUCAGAGAAACACUUUAGUGGGGUCUGGAAACCUCUUUUGGCGUGCGGUGUACUUCAUCGAAAUAAGCAAAAUAGCAUCAGAAACCAAAUCAAAACUUCUGAAAGACCACUUACAUACAUGUAUAUCAUGUCAUGUGAUUCCAGAUCGGGAACAACCAACAGUGAUCGUUACAUCAAAAGUUAAAAAAAGUGCACUAAAAGGAAAAGCAGGGACACUGUAUCAAAAGCAAUAUCGUUGCUUCUGCAAAUGUUGGGGCCCAGACCUUCCUUGGUAUCCUAAGACCCCACACAGUUAUUGUUAUUACAUUCGGUAGUGUAAUACGUGCCGAGAUACACGGCGGCAUGUAGAGUUUUAAUUAUAAUGUUGAUUUUAUAUUUGAUUUAAAGCAGUAGUAGAUUACAUGUCUUGAAUCUCAAUACCUAAUAAGGACAACGUAUGGAAAAUAUCAAUCGACAAGUCUCAGUGAACGUGAUUAUCUAAGUUGAAACUCGUAAUAAGUUAGUUAGUUGGUUGGAGUAGAGUUGAAGUAAUGAUGGUGAUCGGCGAAAAUGUGAACAGAAUAUUGAUGGAUUUGAUACAAAAUAGUUACACAAAAUGGUGAUAUUUCUCUGAGUCUUCAUCUUACACUUCGUUUAUCAUUAAAUAUUAAGAUAGGGGCACCGCUAGAAAUAGUGGUCCCAACAGCAAACGAUUCUAACGAUAAAAAGGAAAGCGAUGGCAAAAAUGUUACGGACUACUCACCUGUGUACACCGUUCAUGACUGCUUUAUGUUCGAAAAGGAAUGGCAGCUUGCAUCGCGCAUAAUUUUUUUGAAGCGAACAAUCUUUAAAAGCGAAACGCAAAAGCCAUAAUUUCAGACCUCAAAGAGAGGGAAGAAAUGUUCUGAAAAAAUACUUGGAAAAAGUACUCGUUCUCUUUCAGGAAUGUUAGGGUUGAAAAAAGCAGAUUCGCUUCAAAAGGUUCUCUAUCGACAACUACUGACUGGAUGAGAAUCGACGUUUUAAAAACAACCAAGUUAGCGCUAGAAAAAGUCUUUGAAAAGGCUAAAAAAGGGAGCGAAGCUUUAGCAAAGAAAAUGGCCUCGUCGCGCAAGGCCCAUUGAGAGAAGUUGCGUCGCCAAUUCGGAGCGAGGGAAGCGAGUAAAUGGAGAUUUGAGACCUUUCCACACUAUAACAACCCCUGAGGAACCGAACUAACGAAGUGCAGCCCAAGGGGGUGCAGCAGUUUUUGCGGAGCUCAUGUCAGAAUUUUCGAAGGGAUUUGGAACCGAUUUAAAUGGAGCGAGCUAAUUAACAUAUUAGCCUAUUACAUAUCCGCACAUUAGUAUUAUUGUAUUGUAGAGAUAUAAAAUGUAAACCAAGUAUUUAUUUGCAGUUAUUAGCAGUCAUAGGAAGUAGAAUCACACAACGUUGUUUCGUCACAAAUCUGUACCAUUGUUCCUAGAGCCUCAUUUAACCUUGCUUUAUCGCUUCUUGUGCCUCAUAACAACACCGUAUUUGGCUAUUCUUUUGUGCUACUGGAUGAUCACGUGAGAUUAACAAUAGCCAUGACAAAAUUCGCAUAGACAAAGGAUUUGCUUGCUAUUGGCCUUUUGUAUCUGCUUGAUGGUAAUGUCAUUCUGCAAAGUUGUGUUCGGAGCUUGGCAAUUUUGUUGAGUUUGCAAGUCAAGUAGCGACAAGAAAUGGAUGUCAGAGCCAUAACUGGAAUGAAGGCAUUAAUUAUUGCUGCUAUGAGCUGCAUUUUGUUGGAUAUCACCAAUGCCAGUGUUACUGUACGAAUCGAGCUGAUAAAGUUUGAUAACCAUGGUAGCAAAGCUUAUGAUAAAGGUCGUAGCUGUUUUCUUUUUGGAAUUGGAACCUGCUGUACGUUUUUUAAAAUGUGCAUCAAACCAUCUAAAGAUAUGCCCUCUUCGUUAUCCGAUUGUUGGUUUUCCAAUCAGACGACACCUAGAAACACAAACACAAUAGACUUUGCAUCAGUGUACGUUGGUUUACCAAAAGUUAUCGAAAUUAACCGAGAUAGUUGGCCAGGGAAUAUUGGAUUUUACAUAAAGGUGUAUGACAAAGACUAUCGUGUUAUCGAUGAGCUCAUGGACAUUCAUAAAUACAGGAAAGAAGUAACUGCAGAACCGAAUGGAAGCAGACUUGUUAAUUACAACGAAACAAGCACAGGAGAAAGGCCCCACAAACCAGCUAGCAUAUUAACGUUUCAUUUACAAGUGUCUUGUGACCUGAACUACUAUGGCAACAGCUGUCAAAAGUAUUGCAAAGAAUAUGACGAUUCGGCAAAUGGACACUACGGGUGCGAUAAAAAUGGAGAUAGAUUUUGCCUAAAGGGCUGGUACAACCUGCCCAACUGCUUGCAGCAUUGUCUUCCUCAAAAUGAUAAUCUGAAAGGUCAUUAUAAUUGUUCAAAGAAUGGAACUCGAUUGUGCCAUAAAAACUGGACUGGAAUGUAUUGUAACAUCAACAAAAAUAAAGCUGUAAGUACAUUUGCUUUGCCGUCUAGUCAGAGCCUACAAUCGUUGCUAUCACAAACAAAAACUGUUCUUAAACCAAGGACGUCCGUUAUUCUGUUAUCAAGAUCAAUUGGCCACAUUACAUUGAAAUCUUCAGCAAUUUCACCGACUUUAAUGCCUUCAGUUGAAAUUCGGCAGUCAUCGAUAACCCCUCUGCUACAAAUGUCAAGGCAAAGUGUGGUCUCCUCUAGAUACAAAUUUUCAGAACAUUCCAGCCUUGCUUCUACUGCAAUGUUUCCUCAUUCUGUUUCCAAGCUACUGACAAAAUGUUCUAUCACUGCCGAAAUAAAAGCAAGUAAAGCUCCUAGAAAUAGCGCAUUGCCAUCGUCUGCAAUUUUAGGGCCUACCCAGUUAACACCAGACAACAUCGCAAGUGCCACUGACGAUUUUCAAUGGAUGGUGAGCACAAGAAGAGGAAUUCUGGUUCUAAUUGGUUUUGCACUAGCACUUGUGUUUUUGGCUUGUUUUCUCUGUGCACUCGUGAAAAUUUGCAGAAUGCGGAGACAUGCUUUACAACCUCAGCGCUUUCACAAUGAUUCGGACAAUACAGAAGAGAUUCAUAUAAAGCGUCAAUGCGACGUAAGAAAACUUAAAAGUUUGCAAAUGUGCACGGGAUGUUUUGGCGGAGUUCCAGGCCAACUAGGCAUGCAAACGCAUAAUUACCCAUACCAAAAACAAGAAACAGAUAUGUAAGCUGCAAGCACUAGAUACAAAAGAGCAAUAAAACUCAAGUAAGGAUUCCAUUUAUUGGAAAAUAAUUUUUAUUUUUAUCGUCAGUUUAAAGUUAUUUUGUGGAUUCCUUUUUUGGAAACAAUAUUACUUUUGAUUUUAACGUCACUUUCAAGUUAAUUUUUGGACUUCCUUUCUGGAAACAAUGUUACAUUUGAUUUUAAACGUUCCUUUAACAUUGAUUUUUAAAAAACUAUUUCUUGCUAGAAAGCUUUGGAAGCUAAUUUUAUGAAGCAGAUAUGUAAGCUGCAAGCAGUCGAUUCAAAAGAGCAAUAAAUUUCAGAUAAAAGAUUUUAGAAUAUAGCUUUGAAGAUGUAGACCCCAUUCUUAGUUUGCAAAUAUGAUAUUUUUAUUAUUUACACCUGUUUUUGGGUGAAAUAUUUUCAAAGGAAGUUUUCCAUUUUCAGUUUCCGAGAAGUUUUUAAAAACCGUAACAUUUUGGCCAAUAAUAUCUACUCUCAUUUUCUCAGUAAAAAUUCUUUCUGAAGUUUUUGGUCUCGAUAUAAAAUUUUUUAAAGCACUCUUAAGAUUAGGUUUUGAUGAUUUAAUCAAAUUUUUGGACGAAAAGCUUUCUUUACAUAAUUAGCAGCUAUUCAAAGCAAAUAUUCAUACAUUUCAAGCAAAAAGUUUAAUAAUCGUUUCUCGAGCAAACCUGUUUUUAAAAAAAAUUUCAAAAUUCGAUUAUUUUUCUUAACCUAUACCCUAACAUACCUAGAUCAAAAAUUGCAACCUAUAAUAAAUUACAAACAACCAACUUUAGAACAAGAAUUGUUUCAUACAAACUUUUUCUCAAUCUAAUCUUAAUAAAGAAAAAACACGUUUAAAUCAGCUUUCAACUUUAUUAAGAAAAGUUUUUAUUCUCUAAAAAAAAUCUGUUUCAAUAAAGAAUUUUUGCUAGAAAAAAACAAGGUUAUAGCCUUACAAAAAUACUAGAUUUUUGACCAAGAUUGUUUCAUCGCAAAACUGCUUCAAACUGCUCUAAAAAAGCAGAAAAACGUAUAAAACAGCUCCAAACCCUAUUGAAAGAUUUUUCAUGCCCUAAAAAUGAUCUGUUUUGAUUAAAAUGUUUUGUGCAAAAGGCAAGGUUAUAGCCUUACAAAAAUAAUAGAUUUUUGACCAAGAUU